AUGAACAACUUGAGAUACCGCCAUCAAGAUGUUCUAAACUCAGCCCUCUCGUGGCCUGCCCCGUGCAACUCAGUCAAAAUUCAGUCUUCAGACACCCCCAGCUUUCCCCCCAUCUCCACUCACUCAGUUCUUCCUGAAAAGGUCGAUCUGAACUUCAGCCUGAAUAGCUUCAGCUCAAGUUCGCGUCUCCCCACCGCCACCAUUCCCGGUUCAGACCCCCCAGUCUUCACCACGGAUUCCCAGUCAACAUGGCUUCCCUCCAGUUCACAGAGCCUGCCGGCACCACCCGCGCAACAGCAACAACAGCAACAACACCAGCACCUGCAGCCGCCACAACAGGACUUUGUCUUGUUCGACACGCCGACGAAGCGUCAUCUCCCUAAUCGCCCUGCCUCCCACUCUUCCGCCAUAGGAAGUGCAUCGCUCAACUCACCGCAAAACACCCAGAUCAACUGGCAACUGCCCCAGGAUCUGCACCGUCAGCGAGUCGCACAGUUACUCCAGGCACAGGGCCACACUGCUUCGUCCCCGGCUUUUCCCAAUCGGUUUACCGCGCAGAAUAACCACUUCUACGCCUCCUCUGCACCCUCCUCGACCACUGCUUUGAACCAGAACCAGAAUCAGAACCAGGCCCGGCAGCGACCGCCUGUCCCUCUAUUCAAUCAAAGCAACGGUAACCAGGCAACCACCCUCAAAAUGGACGCCCAAGACUUCGAUUUUGAGGAUUUCACUGCCUUCGAGGGCGGCGCACCCGCCUCGGCGUUCUCGUCGCCAGCCAACCCGGCUUUCGACUUGAGCAGCUCCAUGCACAGCUCCAACAUUGGCACCGUCUCCCCACAAGACCUGCUUAUGAACGAGCCCUACAUGUCGGCGCCGAACUCAACUGCACUCACUGCUUUGACCUCGCCUUCCAUCUACAACGAAUCACCGGAAUUCAACGACAGCUGCGAUGUCUCUCCUAACUUUGGCACCAACGACUUCGACAGCAGCGACACCUGGUUCUCGCUCUUCCCCGAGCAGAACCCUGUCCAGGCAGCCCCUGCACCAGCUGUUGACCAGUCGCCUGCCACAAAGUCCGAUGAUUUCGAGACCGUUGAGAAGCCAGCUCAGCGACGCAAGUCUAGCAACUCCAGCUCUCCCUCAGGCCGUCACUCUUCGGUGUCGGGUGUUAACUCCCGUCGUCGGGACAAGCCUUUGCCUCCCAUCAUCGUCGAGGAUCCCAACGAUACUAUCGCAAUGAAGCGAGCCCGCAACACUCUUGCUGCUCGCAAGUCUCGGGAGCGCAAGGCCAUCAAGUUCGAGGAGCUGGAGGAGAAGAUCAGGAAGCUAGAGGCUGAUCGCGACCACUGGAAGCAGGUCGCCAUAGCACACGGUGCAACACAAUAA